AUGAUUACUGCAUCAGCAACUACCCAUAAAAAUCGCACCGCGUUCCAGUGGGGUGGAACCGUCGCUGCCAUAAUUCUGUUAAUUGUUAACCGAGCAGGGAGAAGGUCGUCAAAGCACACUUCUCUUCUUGUGAUAUAUCUCUUCAUAUGUUUCCCCACAAUGCUCUUCAAGAUUCUCCGGGGUCAAUUCGGACGUUGGGUAGCCUUUCUUGCAGUUGCAGCUAACCUCUUCUUCCCUCAAGAUUUUCACGCAUCUCGGUUUCCUUUAUUCGUCAUCAUUCCUGACUGGCUGGCCGUUGAACUGCGUGAUAGUGCUGCUGUUGGGGGUAUUCUUUGUCUGAUAAUUGGAGUGACGCUUGUUUUAAUGGAGAUUGGACAGAUUGGACUUACUGACUGGAGAUUCAGACCUAAUCUCUCACGAGGUGAUGGAAAUGGGAGUACAAGUAAUGGUAGUCUGAUUCUUGGGUAA